UCGUUAUCAAAUAGUAUUUAUAUUUAUAAUAGACAUAACAAUAAAUAUAUUCAUAUUAAUUAUGAAAAUUCACCUUUACAAUGAAAACAGUUGAAAAUACAUGGAAUAAAACUUCCAAAAGUAAUUUACAGCGAAAGAAUACAAAAUCCGUUCAGCGGAUCAGACAAUAUGUUAAAAGUUACGUUUUUUACAUAGAUUUAUUUGACACACAACAUAAGAGUGUAGAUAUAAAACUUACUAAUAGGAAACUAAGUACAAAGUUUAACCAUGCAAAUAUGCUGAUAUUUACAGAUAGUGUCUCAUAAUGUCCGCUGUAAAUUAUCGGCCUACAGUUCACCAAACUCGGAGGUUUCGAAGUACAUUGCUGCCUUUUCCUUGCGGUUAUGAAAAGAUCACAUUUAAAAUACGCAAUGUCUAUUAAUAGUUUGUAUUGAAGUAACAUAGUAUGUACGUUGGUUGAACAAAAUCGUCUUUGAUGCACAUUUAAUAUUUUAUGACCAUUUAAUUAUGAGAAUUUUAUGGUCUGUGAACAUUAUGAUGUGAUAUCGAGUUGUUAUUCAACAUCAACCUGACGCCGAACCGAGACUGCUUAGAGAAAUAAUACCUACCUAAUGUACUUAUGUUUAACGUAUAAAUUCAUUAUGAAUUGAAAUGCUAAAACGCAAAAACAGUAUGGUUUUAUGGCGAAUAUGUUGGCUUGUAUUUUUUCUUUGCUGUAUCGUUCAAAUGUACAGCGGGCGGCCACAGUACAUAUUGAUUUGGCCAGAUCUGGAGUUUCCUUUCUCCGAAAUGUCCCAAGGUCAGGAUCAUUUCAUAAAGCUCCAAUGUCCAGUGACUAAUUGUUAUAUUACUUCGAACAGAACGCUUUUUGGUGAUAUAAGAAAUUUUGACGUGAUAGUAUUUAUGGGAAAAAUAUUGAAGAAAAAUGACUUGCCUUCCGAACGAGCGGACAGUCAAGUAUAUGUGUUUUUCAAUAUGGAGAGUAGCCCUAACUAUCCCAUUGAGGAUGAACUAUUCGAUGGAUUUUUUAACAGGACAGCUACAUAUAGGCUUGAUUCUGAUUUACCUCUGCCUUAUAUGCUAAUUCGUGAUAAAUAUAAUAACACAGUUGGUCCAAAAAUAAAUAUGGAUUGGGUGCCUGUGGAAUUAGUAGAUCGGAGUAUGUUCGAUGAUAAAAAGCCAUUUCGUAAAAGACGAGCCGCAGCAAUUUUCUACUCAAAUUGUCAUUCGUUGAGCGAUAGAGAGCAAGAGAUUAUUAAUUUACAGAAGGAAUUGCGCGGAUUUGGUUUAAAGGUUGACGUGUACGGGGCUUGUGGCACGUACGAAUGUGAUAAGUACGCCAAACAUGCAUGCAGAGCGAAACUGACAACGGACUAUUUCUUUUAUUUGUCGUACGAAAAUUCAAUGGAUGUUGACUACGUUACGGAAAAACUUUUGGUACCAAUGCAAUAUAACGUGGUACCGGUGGUGUUUGGCGGUGCCAACUAUAGCAGAUUCCUCCCCCCCGGCUCGUACCUAGACGCGACUGAGGUGUCCACGUGGGCACUGGCCAAUAAAAUGGCCGAUCUUAUAACGAAUAAUGACAAAUAUAUGCAGUAUUUAUGGUGGAAGAAGCACUAUACAUACCACGAUCCGUUGUUAAAAGAUAACAUAUGCAACUUCUGUGCAGAAAUUAAUAAGUGGUCUCCAGUCAAAACUUAUCACAAUUUUAGGAAAUGGUGGAAUAUACAUCGUUUUGAAUAUUAAUAUAAAUAAUAAUAAAAUUAGUCUAUUCAUAAAUUUAGUUCUAUAGAUUCCUCUGUUA